UGAGAAGAAAAUAUAAAAUCAUAACACAUACAUAAUUAUGCAACCUUAUUCAAGCAACCAAAACCCAAACCCUCUCUAAUUAAUUAUAUAACACACAAAAUGUUGCACUGCUUCUUCUACAACUAAUUAUCACAUGGAUCCUGCAUUACAAGAAUAUGCUAUGGUAGUCAACAAUUCAGCGUUUGAUGAAGAAGACGACGAUGAUUCACCCUGUACAGUUGUCAAUUUCUCGAAAAAAGAAACAAAGGGUUAUUUGAAUACAUGUGAAGAAGAAGAAGAAAACAGUAGCUCAAGCUUUGAUGAAUCAUCUGAGACUUAUUUGAAUGAACAUGUCACUAGCUUUGAUGAAUCAUGUUCCCAGUCUUCUGUUGAUGUAAACAGGGAGAAAAAUGAGGUUGAAGGUGAGGAAAAACCGGCUUUGGGUGGGGAGAAAUUGGAGGAUCAAGUGUCUAUAGGUGUUUCAGAGAUUGAGAUGAUGAAAGAAAGAUUCUCAAAAUUGUUGCUUGGAGAAGAUAUGUCCGGUUGUGGGAAUGGCGUUUGUACAGCCUUGGCUAUCUCGAACGCGAUUACAAAUCUCUGUGCCACACUUUUUGGACAAAUAUGGAGGCUAGAACCUCUAUGCUCCAAAAAGAAAUCAAUGUGGCGAAGAGAAAUCGAAUGGCUUCUAUGCGUCAGCGAUUACAUUGUAGAGUUGAUACCUUCUUGGCAGACUUAUCCAGAUGGUAGUAAACUUGAGGUCAUGACUAGUAGACCGCGGUCCGAUCUUUAUGUUAAUCUCCCGGCUCUUCGUAAAUUGGACAACAUGCUUCUUGAAAUAUUAGACAGUUUUCAAAAAAUGGAGUUUUGGUAUGUUGACCAAGGGAUUCAAGCUUUGGAAACCGACGGUUCAUCAUCUUUCGGUAAAGUGGUCCCACGGCAAAAGGAAAAAUGGUGGCUGCCCGUUCCUCGUGUCCCUGCUGGCGGCCUAAGCGAGAACGCAAGAAAACAUUUGCAAAAUAAACGGGAUUCCACUAAUCAGAUAUUGAAAGCUGCAAUGGCUAUUAACAGCAUUACUUUAGCCGAUAUUGAUGUCCCUGAAUCAUUCCUGGAAGCACUUCCAAAGAACGCGAAGGGUAGCUUAGGUGAUCUUAUUCAUCGAUAUAUUUCAUCAGAUCAAUUUUCACCCGAGUGUUUGUUGGACUGUCUGGAUUUAUCAUCUGAGCAUCAAGCUCUUGAGAUUGCAAACCGUGUGGAGGCUUCAAUCUACAUAUGGAGACGAAAAAACACCACAAAGCAGCCGCCUAUAAAUACGGUGAGCAGGUCCUUUUCCAGGUCAUCAUGGGACAAAGUUAAGGAUAUGGUUGCUGACGUGGACAAAAGGGAAACACUAGCAGAGAGAGCCGAAACCCUCUUGCUUUGCUUGAAACAAAGGUUUCCUGCACUUCCUCAGACCACCUUAGACAUGAGUAAAAUCCAAUAUAACAAGGAUGUUGGGAAAUCAAUAUUGGAGAGCUACUCGAGAGUACUGGAAAGCCUAGCGUUUAAUAUCACCGCACGCAUUGAUGAUCUACUCUACGUUGAUGACCUGGCGCGACAUUCCGACAAAUUCUCAUCAAUGUCAAACCGUGAUAUCGUUUCCAAAACCAUUGUCGGGAAACCAUACACCGUUACCACACCUUAUAAAACAGCUUUCACCACGCCAACCCUCUCACCUUCACACUUUAACAACAGUCCGAAGAAAAUUCUAACUGAUUAUUUGACCAUUGACCCGAAAGGCAAGCACUAUGCAGGUCAAGUAGUAAGGUCAAACUCCUUUACUGGCAGGACGCGAGAGGCAUUACAAAAGAUGGGGCUUGGGGGCUCUUAACGGCUCGGUUGGGCCGUUGGGGCCAGUUGACUUGGACCCGGCUUGGGUCUGUGGAGAUGUUUAAUAGUUAGGUCAGAUUAUGGCAAUAGUACAUCCUGUCUUGUUAUACUGAGUUCCGAGUGGUGGUUGAGUUGACUCGGAUCUUGGAAAUGACGGUUUAGUGAAGUUCGUGUAAAUAAAUGCCGAGUUUUUUUUUUUACCACAAGUAAGAUGAAAAUAUUAUUGUAUAUUAAUACUGCUUUCGCAAACUUCAUAUAUCGUACCGUUAUACUUACGGUCAUAUAAGUUACAUUCUUUUGUUAUA